UUUUGUUUGAUUUGCAAAACAAAAACACCAAUCGAAACGGUUUACUUUUUUUUCUGGUGAUUCAAUAGUUUUACAUAAAAAUUAUAAUUAAAUAUGAGAUUUAUGCUAACAAAAUGUCAAUUAGUAGUGAAGUUAGUGUCGGGACGGUUAUCCGUUCAUGGAUCAAGUGGUGUUCGGAAGAUGUGUUCUGCGGUGAAAUCGUCCGAUAACUGCGAUAAGCUUCAACUUCCGUCCUAUCUAACAUUACACGGUCAGUGGUCGCAGGACGACCGGCAGCAGUUCCUCGCCGGUAUGACGGUGCUGCCGGACUUCAUUACGGAGGAGGAAGAGCAAUCGCUACUGCAGGAAAUCGAACCGUACCUGAAGCGGAUGCGAUAUGAAUUUGACCACUGGGACGAUGCCAUCCACGGGUAUCGGGAAACCGAACGGAAGCACUGGUAUCCCGCGAAUCGAGCGAUUUUCGACCGCGUGAAAGAGGUGGCUUUCCGUGGGGAGACCCUGCCUUACAUUCACGUGCUGGAUCUGGCCAAGCAGGGGGUGAUUAAGCCUCACGUGGACAGCGUUAGGUACUGUGGAACGACAAUCGCUGGCAUUAGCCUUUUGUCGGAUUCGGUGAUGCGACUUGUACGAACUAACGACGAAGAGCAGACCAAUGCGGAAUAUCGUCAGAUUUUUGCUAGUAAUCGAGAUGAUAAGUAUUGGUCGGACGUAUUGUUGGCUAGACGGUCCCUGUAUAUAAUGAAAGACACAGCGCGCUACAAAUUCACCCACGAAAUACUGGCGGGAGAUGACUCCAUCUUCCAAGACCGCAAAGUAGACAAAGAUCGGCGUAUUUCAAUCAUCUGCAGAAACGAUCCCUGACCAAACGCGUUUCUUCCGUUGUAAAUAAAACUUAGCUAGUCAUUCAUCGAUAA